AUGUGCAUCUUUGCCCUGCCUGAUACAACCACCUUGGUCAUCCAGCAUGGAGAGUACUUUGCUCUUGUGGAUUUUGGGACACGGAAUUCAGAGGGUUUAGCGUCACAAUCUGACUCUCAUGCAAGAAACCAACACGGGAUGAUGGAUGCAAAUGGAAAGAGCGUUCUUCUCCACUUUAAUUCUCUUGAUGAUGUCUUUGCACAUCUUACAAUGUUUUCUGGUGAACUGAAUCUCUGUCCCAGGCGAUUUGAGAUCAGUGGAGUUGAAAUAGUUCACAUUGACUCAAGUAGCAGCACAUGUAAAGAUGUAGCUGCUGUGCCAAGUAGCAGUGCUCCUUUUGAACAGAGCAAUGUUGAUAUGCAGGAUGAUUCUUAUGGAGAACAUCCAUUUGAUCUUCAAACAUCAAACAGGGAUGAUAGUGAUGAUGAUGUGGUUGUUACUCAUGUGCAAAAUAAGGAAUUGUAUUUUAACCCUCUCUCAGAAGACAUUGCACGGUCACUUUGUGGAAAGUUGAAUGUUGAGUUUGAACGGGCAAAUUAUAAAUCUUGUAUGGUUGGUGAACUCGGUCUACCAUGUGCGACAGAAAACAUCGUGGGCGAUGGAAACUGCUUUUUUAGAGCACUUAGUCAAGCCAUCAGUGGAAAUCAGAAAUCUCAUCGUAAAAUUAGGCUUGCUGUUGUAAAUCAGUUACAAAGAAAUUCUCACUUGUAUGAUAGUAUUUUGAGAAGUGAGUAUUCCUCCAUCUCACAAUAUAUUGCCAUUUCUAGAAUGAAUUAUGUUGGUGCGUGGGCGACUGAAUUGGAAAUUCAAGCUGCAGCUGAUUAUUUUGGUGUAAAUAUUUUCACAUUUUUCAAUGAUAAAUGGCUUGAAUACAGUUCUCAGAGCAGUUUCUCUAAUCACGGUAUGUAUUUGCAAAACAUUAGUGGAAAUCAUUAUGAGACGGUUGUUUGUGUUAAGCUGCCUAACUCACAAACAUGUUAUAAUUAUUGCAUGAAUACAGUUUUUUCAGGGGGACAUAAAACUCGGCCAUCUACAACAGAACCAAAAACUGCGCAGAUAAUGACGGUGAAAACUGAGAGUUCCAUUGAAGACGAGUCUGUCGGUAUUUUACAAGAUAACGAAAAUACUUUACUGUUUACUCCCCUUUCUGAACUUAAUGCUAAAACUCUUUGUAACAACUUAAAAAUCGACUUUGAAGAACAUAGUUUCCAAAAAGUAAUUUUGCGUGGUCCUUUGGGAAAUGUGUGUAAGAUUAAAAAUAUUGUAAAUGACGGUAACAGUUUUUUCAGAGCUGUAGCCUAUGCACUUAGUGGUUCUGAGAAAAAUCACCGUAAAAUUAGACUUGCUGUUGUUUCACACAUGACCAAUAAUAGAGAAGAAUGCGAAAAAUUGUUAACUAAAGAUUUUGCUUCUGUGACAAAAUACGUUAACCAGUCACAGAUUAAGUAUGUGGGUCACUGUGCUACGGAAAUUGAGUUUAAAUCUGCCGCUAAUAUGUUAGGAUUGGAUAUAUAUGUAUUUAACAGCACACAGUGGACCAAAUAUAAUUCAAACAGUAGACAUUUGACCAAUGAAGCUAUAUAUUUGCAGAACUGUGACAAUCAUUUUGAUGCCGUUAUUUGUGCAAAGCAGGGUGAUAAAGACUCUUGCUUUGAAUUUUGUGAAGAUAAUUUGUCGUUAAAGACACAACCCAUCCGUACAAGGUCUUCACAAGGUCAGGAAAAUGCAAAGCAAACUGUUUUAAGCGGUAAAGCUAAUCCCAGGUUUUCUAAGUAUUUAAGUCAAAAAAAGAAUCGGAUACAAGUCAUUAAAUAUAGAACUCAAAUGAUACAUUGGGAAAAAAUGAAAUCUAAUCAAAGGAAUUUGUAUAAGAAAAAUUUGCUGUACAAGGAACACAAAAAAAAAUCGAUGAGAAAUAAAUAUCAUGAAGAUAAGACUUACCAAGUUAAGAGCGAUGGAACUCCUGUGGCUUUGAGGGAAUGUUUCAUCAAAUUAAAUCCUGUCCGUUUCUCACCCGCUAUCUUGGUUGCCAUGGAAACAGUCUCUCCAUCGGCUCUUCCAGAUGUUCGCACAGGCACCGAGACAAAGCCUGUGGAACAUAAAAAGAAACCAGCUCUCCCAAAGAGAAGCCGUUUGGCACGGGAGGCUUCAGUUCCCGCGCGUGUGAUUCCUGCCAGGGGAGUUGAAUGUGUGCCGCCUGAAGACACCGUGGAGCCUGUUCUGCAUUCUGCUGAGGUGUCUGACCAUGCUGGUGUGGGGUGCGUCUGUGCGUUGGAGUUUUCUGCUGGCCAGCGGAAAAUAUAG